AUGGACCACAAGCUCCUGCUGCAGGAGUGGCUGCCCACCUACAACCUAGGGGCCGGCCAGGGCGAUGGCGCGUGCAGCCCGCAUGGCUAUGGCGCCAUCCUGCUGCCCACCCCUUCCCGCUGCCUACCCUCCCCUUACCUCAUCACAGGGAUACCCACCCACCACCCCAGGGUCUACAACGGCCACAGCCGGACUAUUACUCAGUACCCUGCCAAUGCCAUCAUCAUCAUGAGAGGCUGUCCCGUCCGCAGGGUCCGGGUGCUGAAGGACUGCUUCGCUUUCCUAGGAAUCCUCCUGGCCAUCAUCCUGUUCCCCUUUGGAUUCAUCUGCUGAUUUGCCUUGAGGAAGCAAAGAUGCCCCAACUGCGGAGCAGACUUCGC